AUGCAUUAAUGUUUAGCAAGACAACACGCUGCAGGUAGGAACUAUGUCUUGCGAAAAAAUCUCUAUUUGCUUAGUUCUCAUAUUUCUCCUCCUCCGAUCUUGCACUUCCACCAGCAUCAUCACCCCUGAUAAGCCUCUGAGAGACGGCCAGGUUUUAGUUUCUGCUGGAGAACAUUUUAAACUUGGUUUCUUUAGCCCUCAUAAUACUACCAGGAGAUAUGUAGGCAUUUGGUACAAUAAAGUCUCUGUACAGACAGUAGUCUGGGUUGCCAACAGAGAUCAUCCAAUCAACCACACAUUCGGUGUUCUAUCGCUCAAUACAAGUGGAACUAUCGGUCUGUUUGAUAGCCGAAAGCCAGAUGCUGCUGCCAUAUGGUGUACUAAUAUUUCCAACUUGUCAUCUGUUGUUAAAUCAAGCUACUCAGCGGAGCUCCUGGAUACAGGAAACUUGGUUGUGCAUGAUAAUGAUAGCAAGAAAGGUUUUAUAUGGCAGAGCUUCGACUAUCCGACAGAUACACUACUUUCCAACAUGAAGAUUGGAGUGGACCUUAGGUCUGGUCUCAACAGAGUCCUCACAUCCUGGAAGUCCGAGGACGAUCCAGGCACAGGGUCAUAUUCACUGAUGAUUGACCUUAAUGGAACUCUGCCUCAGUUAUUCUUGUACAAAAAUUGGGAUCCAUUGUGGCGCGGAGGACCUUGGAAUGGACUCGGAUGGAGUGGUGUACCUGGAAUGGGAUCACCUGAUUACGUGUUGAGUGCAAGUUAUGUUGAAAAUUCUGAGGAGGUAUACUUAGUUGAUUAUAUUCGUAACCCCUCAUUUAUCUCUAGAAUGACUGUUAAUGAGUCGACUGGCACGCUUCAGAGAUUAACGUGGCAAGAGGAUGCCAGGAAAUGGAUUAAUUUCUAUUCAGCACCGAAGGAUCAGUGUGACCGUUUUAGUCAUUGUGGUGCUUACGGUGAUUGUAGUUUUAACAUGUAUAGCGUGGGGGAGUAUGAGUGCAAGUGUGCUCCAGGAUUCGAGCCAAAGUCAUCGUAUGACUGGUACUUGAGGGAUGGUUCACAAGGUUGUUCUCCAAAGCGACAAGGCCAAUUGUGUGGAAAGGGUGAAGGAUUUAUAAAGCUGGCUAGGAUGAAGCUACCCGACACUACUAAAACAAGGCGAGACAAGAACUUGAGUCUGGAUGAAUGCACUGAACUGUGCUUGAAAAAUUGCUCGUGUACCGGAUACUCUGCUGCUGAUGUGCGUGGAGGAGGUUUCAAUGGUUGCAUUACAUGGUACAGUAAACUAGUGGACUUGAGAGAGUUUCCAAGUGGUGGCCAGGAUUUCUACCUGCGUGUGGACGCCGUUGAACUAGCCAAUUCUUUAAAUAAGUCGAAGAAAUUCCAUGACUACAUCAAGGUUUUAGUUCCAGUGUCACUGAGUGCAGCACUUCUUCUUCUGUUAACAACUGCAUAUUGCUUACGAAGAAAAAAGAAGAUAGACAAAGCUCGAAGAAGGCAGGAGGGUUUAAGGUUGUCUAGAAGUAGCAGGAACCGUAAAAUGCCUGUCCCAGACACUUCCGUGGGAGAGGAAUCCAGUGACAUAGAAACAACUACAGUUGAUGUUAAAUUAUUUCCAUUAAGCACUAUUAUUUUUGCAACUGAAAAUUUCUCUCUUGAUCAUAAAAUUGGACAAGGUGGUUUCGGCUCCGUGUACAAGGGUAAACUGCGUAGUGGACAAGAAAUUGCAGUGAAAAGAUUAUCAAACACGUCUGGCCAAGGGAUUGAGGAAUUUAGGAAUGAAGUUACAUUGAUCGCCAGGCUUCAGCACCGGAAUCUUGUCAGACUCUUUGGAUAUUGCGUGCAGAAAGAAGAGAAAAUGCUGAUAUAUGAGUACUUGCCAAACAAGGGCCUGGAUGAGUUUCUUUUCGAUAAUGAAAGAAGAAACAUAUUAGAUUGGAAGAAACGGUUUGAUAUAGCUUUGGGCAUAGCUCGGGGGAUGGUAUAUCUUCAUCAUGAUUCGAGAUUGAAAAUCAUUCACAGGGAUUUGAAAGCAAGUAAUGUUUUACUAGAUUCAGAACUAAAUCCAAAAAUAUCAGAUUUUGGGAUGGCUAGAAUAUUCAAAGACAAUAAAAUUCAAGAAGCAACAACCAGAGUAGUGGGGACAUAUGGUUAUAUGUCACCGGAGUAUGCAAUGGAUGGACUUUUUUCAAGAAAAUCCGAUGUUUUUAGUUUUGGCGUUCUACUCUUGGAGAUCAUAACAGGAAGAAAGAACAGCAGUUAUCAUUCUGAAAACUGCCUCAAUAUUAUUGGACAUGUUUGGGAUCUAUGGAACGAAUCAAGAGUUUUGGAAAUAGUAGACGAGUCGCUUGGUGAAUCAAGUGAUCAUGAUCAUGAGAUGUUCAGAUGUAUCCAUAUUGGAUUACUAUGCGUGCAAGAAUCUGCCACUGCAAGACCAAGCAUGUCGGAAGUAUUGUCUAUGUUAAGCAAUCAGAUAAGUCUUCCAGCUCCAGGGCAGGUUGCAUUUAUCUUGAGAACAUCAGACGAUAGUCCUGCAAACAUGGGUUCUAGGAGUGUUGGAGUCAUUUCUAUCAAUGAUGUGACAAUUAGCACAGUUGAAGGGCGCUGAAUGAGGCUCAGGACAUCAAGCUGAGUGUUCUCUUUAUAGUAGUUUCGGGCUAAGAAUUCUGUGUACCGAAAGACAUAGUUUAUUUUGUGAGAAAAGCAAGUGCGUUAUAUUGUUGUAGCAGAAUUCUAAUAUCGUUUUCAAGACAUCUGCAUUGUCCUUUGUGUGUUUCGUAAGUGUGCUUUAGGUUCUGGUUUCCCAGAGUGCAUUAUGUUGAGUUUAUUA